UCGUUCAGAAAAUAACAAUCUCAUUCGAGGGAUUUUACUGCCAAUACAUUUUGUAAAAGGGACAUUCUCUGUAGUCUUCUCCGAUGUUUGAUAUCGAGAUACGUUUAGAGGAUACGUACAGAGGAAAGCUACGCCUAAUCAGCUGAUCAGGCAUAGCGCGGUCUCGUGUCAUCGAGAGGUCAUUGGAUGAGAAGGUAUAUUACAUAAAUAUACGCUGACUCGCAAGCUAACGUUAUAUGCGACCGACACCUGUGAAAUCCAGUGUUAUUCGGAGAGUCACGAAUACAUCAGACAUGUCUGUAUACAUCUAGAUAGAUGCGACGUAAUUGCUAUUAUGGAAAGUGAAAGUAUCAUCAAAAGUCAAGCCGGUGAGGCGGAUGCAAUUUUAAAUGACGAUCUGGAGUUUUGGAUGACACGACUUCCGGCGCCCUUGAAGGAUAUAUCUAUAAUACAUCUGGCGAUACCCGGUUCUCAUAAUACCAUGACUUAUACGAUUCAGAAGCAUAACGAUGUGGGACCGGACGAACCGGCCUUCAUCCGUACGCUCGGCCGUUACUGCUCCUUCAUUGCUAAGCCCAUUAUUCUAAAUUGGUCUAUUACACAAUGCGAUGAUAUCAAGCAACAGCUCAAUGGCGGAAUCCGAUAUCUGGAUUUGCGCGUUGCCACGAAAUCAAGAGACAAAGCCGUGUACUUUCUUCAUGGUUUGUACGGCUCGGAGAUUAGUAAGCCGCUUCUGGAUAUUGCCGAUUGGCUUACCUCACACGCAAACGAGAUAAUCAUUCUUGACUUCCAACACUUCUACGCCUUUACGGACAACGAUCAUUAUCGUUUCAUAGAGAAGAUACAGCGGAUCUUUUCCGGGAAAAUGUGCCCGGUCUCCGCCAAAUUCGAUCAUUUGACGCUGCAAUGGCUCGUCGCGAAACGAUAUCAAAUGUUUGUGAUUUACAGGAACGUUUACGCACAGAAUUACUCGAAUCUAUGGCCGUCCGCUCUCUGGCGCACUGUAUGGCCCAACACUGUCAGCGUGAACGAACUGAUCAAUUUCUUGAACCGCGAAUUGCAGAGAAGACCCUUUGACAUCGCAUUCGUAUCGCAAUGCCUGUUGACACCGAAUACGCCCUACGUAAUGAAACAUCCGUGCGCUACCUUGAAAAAGAAUCUGAUGCCGCUCUGUCAAAAGCAGAUUCUAUAUUGGAUAGGUGAGAAAGAACCUGGCCGCGGUAGACUGAAUAUAGUUAUAGCAGACUUCGUGUCAAACGGCAACUUUUUGUUUUCCAAAACUGUUAUUCAGAGUAAUAUGAAACUCUUGCGCAAGUCUACAGAAAUUUCCUGAACUAAUCUCGCGUCUAAAGGUACAAAAUAUACAAUACGGUAGUCUUUAGAUAUUAAUGCGUUUGGUCUCAUAUAUAUAAAUAUA